GAUUUGCCUGGUUUCUCCAUCUGCAGACUCGUCCCUACCCCCAAUCUCAUCCUGAGUUUGGCCCUGAGUUUUGCAGUGCUAGAUUCCAGUCGAUACUCUGUUUCCGUGGUAGUGUUGUGUGUUGAUUCAUGUCUGUCGGUGCUCCGCUCGGCUUAGGGCCGAAGUUAGCUCUUCAUCGAGCAUCGCUCAAUGUCACGCUAAGAAACUUGCCGGAUCGCAUUGACGUCGCUGCGUUUUUUUCCCUUUGAUGAAAGUUGCCGCUCUUCUGUUAGUGUGUGGUUUUGCUCUGUGUCUGUUCUGCUUAGGGUUUACUCUGGUGCUACGAAGGGUCCAUGCGCUCGCCUUGUGCAGCUAGCCUCAGGGUUGAUGGUUAACAGCUCCGUCAGCGUUUCCGUGUCUCGUAAGUGUUGUAAGUGAACGUGGUGUGGCUGCCCACUUACUGGCUUUGUGAAUUAUGGACCUGGGGAAAGGAUAGAAAUUCAGAAGGAUUCGAAGUUUGGCCCUCGUCUUACCCCUGGUUUCAAUGUAAUCUAAGUCUGCAUGUGGGGGCAAUAAAAGUAGCAGCUUUCAAGUUCUUCAGCUGAGGAGUUGAGCAUAAUUCUAGACAGCCAUGGUGGGGAUCUCUUUUAAAAUUUCAAAGAAUGGCACUCGGUACGUUCCAAAGAUCUCCUCCAACGUGAAGCUUCAUAAACAUGAAGCUGCUGUUGAAGGGAAUGUGGCGUAUGUUAAUGGCACCAAUCACCGGGAGGGGGCACCUAAACUGAAGCGGUCGCUAUCCUCUGGAUUUGAGGGCGUGAAUAGUCCUCCUGCGAAGAAAAGCCGUGGGGAGAUUGUUCAGCGCAGCACUCCUGAAGGUUUGCGGACGCGAUACGCUGAUUCUCUUGGGCGAAAUAUUCCGAAAGAUGCUGAGGCUUCAUUUGCAAUCAAUCUGUUUCCCGACGGUUUCUCUGUUGAUAAACCUACGGAGAAGGGAAAAUUGCCGCCUCCUGCCCUUGAAGUGACUGAGUUGCACUUAUUACCUUAUGAUCGUAAUACUGGCGACUUCUUAAGGGCUAUUGAUGGCGGAUGGAUUCCAAGUACCUUGCUCGAUGACAUACCGGUCAAGUAUUUUGAUGGUUGUGUUGUCUGCGAGCUCCGUGAUUACAGGGAUGGUCUCCAAUCACCAUCUGGGGAGACAGUUCAGGCACUGUCUCAAAAUGGAAGGGAAGGGAACUGGGUACCCACUGUACAUCGCGUGGUGUUGCAGCGAAAUAGUGGAAAUAUUUUCAAGGACCUUGAAUCCAUGGAUUUUGACGGUUGGACCUACCAGGAGUGUGUGGAGUUGGAAGCAAGACUAAUAAACUCUGUGCAGCCUCCACUCUGCUUAGACCCAACACCAGACGUUGCAAAAGAAGCUUUCAUAACUAACUAUAACAAGUUGAAGUAUAACUUAUGGUCUCCAAUGUAUGGGAGGUAUCGAAAGUCCUCUGGUUCUUUGCGAGAACGAAAGUUGCAUAUUGCUGCCGCCGCCGCCAAAGCUUUGUCAAGGGCCGAUGGUUUGGCUAAGCGCCGGAAGUCAAGUAUUGACGGAGGGCUUGCGGAUGGUCCAUCUAUCCUUAACGAAUAUGGCCCUGCUGUAUCACCAGGUGGAAAGCAUAGAUUACAAGAUGCUUCGAAAUUUUCUCAAGCCACACCUGGAAUGUAUAUACCGCAGCCAAGUGCUUCACAAGGCUCUUUGGGACAUCAGACAUCAAUGGCUCGUGCAGGACUUACACAUUCGAUUUCUACACUUUCAGUUCCCUCCGGACCUUUAUCCCCUGCAACAUCUGCUGGAGGACAUGAAGUUACAAGCGGCUUAGGAGGCAUAUCAUCCAUGCUCGGAAGGAGGGAAAGCAAAGAAUCAGCAGCUGCAGCUCGGGCUGAGGCAAAGCAAAUGAAGACAAAGCAGGCAAUACAGGACAAGCAGCAGUUGCAGCAGCGGAAGGCGCAAGAAAAACAAGAUGCAAAAGAACAGAAGGAAAGACAACGUAAGGAAAAGGUACAACAACAGCAGCAACUCAAAUUAGAGAAGCAGCAGCUUUCUCGAAGCAACAGUCAUUUGUCGUCGUUGUCUCAGCACUCGGGCUCUCUCUCUAUGGGUGACGGUUCCACGACUCCUCGUUCUGAGAAUCGAUCCUCUAUGGUAGACCAGAGGGAGGCGGCUGAUUUGAUCAAAAUGGAGCCACAUGAGGUUGCUAGGCCCAAACAAGAAUUCGACACUCAAAGUCUUGACGAGAUUGAGAAAGGAAGACAAGAGCAACAGCUUGCGGACGCAAGGAAACAGCAAGGUCAACACAUGGAUCAUAUGGGAACGGUGCAGCAACCACUGCCGAUGAACCUUUUCCUGCCUCAGACUUCCCUACCGAUUUCAGGAGUGAAUUUUAGUUCAGGCCUUGGGGUUUCAGAUUUACGUAUGGGGUCCAACCACAACCUGGUUCCUCCCGUUGGUGGACUGGCACAGGCACAAGCGCAUGCAUUAGCUUCAAACCUUGUUCCUGCUGGCGGUCCAAGUCAUAUGGGUCAGAUGCAACACCCUUUGGAACAAUCUCGACAGAGGCAAAAUUCAUUGCCCAAAUCCGCCACAAGUGCACCGCCGAAUCUUGGAAUAAAUGGUACUUCUAUGGCGCUUGGAAGUGGGGCUCUUCCUACACCUGGUGUGAAAAUAGAACCAACAGCUGUUGCGCAACGAGUUGCGUCAAAUGGUGGUCCAGAAGAUCAGGACCAGAGUAAAGAGAUGGAAUCGAUGUACAAAUUAGUUGCUGCUAUCCAACGGCAUGGGUUGCACCACAGAAAGAAGCCAGCCGAAAAUGUUGUGCUUCCAAACAAAACUCCCCCAUCUUUCCAAUUGUUAUCAGUGGCCUUGUCCGAGACUGAUAGCGAGAUCAAGGAACCAAUGGGUUAUCGAAGCAUGGCCAAUUCUCUUGUGGGUGGAAAUAUUAACUGUCGGAAGACCCGUUCCUUGCUUUUUGUGAAAACUGAACCAAAGCCUGACCAAACAUAUCAAGGAGCAAUGAACUUUCAUCGAUCACGAAAGCGUCUUGUGUUAUGUGGUCGAGCAAAAGAUAGCUUGGUGGAGGCUAUCAUCCAAGUUGGGGACGACCAAGAAGAGGAAGCUGUGCCUCCUCAUCAUGUCUUGCCUACCAUGGCUAAUGUUCAUGUGGCUGAUCGAUUUGCAAAGCAAUACUGUGCUCUGCUUAAGAAGGAAAAUUAUGAGCUGGUUUCAGAUGAAGUUCAACAAAGUGCUCCUCGAAAUCCAGUUGUGAAUGCAGCCUCGAGUGCUCGUCCCAUGCCUGCAGGUGCCUCCACCUUGGGCAAUCCCCAAGUUGGCCACCUUGCAACUGCACAAAGAGCUGUAAUGAAUCCUCAGUUGAUGCAAGGAGCUAUGCCAGGCAACAUAAUGUCUAAUAAUUCAAUGCAGCCAUCAUCUCCUAGCCAGUUGGCUGCCAACCGGAUGCCACCUCCGUCUAAUGCUCCUAGUCGGCAACAGAUUAUGAACAAUCAUAUGGGGCAGCAAGCUGUCGCUUCAAAUGUCAAGCCUACUCAAAUCGAUUCAACCCAAGCAGCUCAGAUGGCAGCCCAACAGCAGCAACAUCACCAGUUGCAGCAGCAGGCACAGAUGCAACGGCAACCACAACAACAGCAACACCAACAACAGCAACAUCAACAUCAACAACAGAUGGUGGCUGCCUCUCAAUUAGCUCAGUUGACGGGUCAGGGACACAACUCCGCUGCCCCUCAUCUGGUAGCCCAGUCUAAUCAGCUGCAACAGCUGCAGUACAUGCAGCAACAGCAGCAGCAGCAGCAGCGACAACACCAUCUCUUGAAUCAGCGGAAAGUCAUGUUACCAGGAACUAUGGGAAACGCGCUGACGGGCAUGAAUAAUAUGAAUUCGGUAGGAAUGCCACCAAAUGCAGGUAAUCAACCAAGUUUAGCCAACAUGGUUAACCUUGGAGGGAUGAAUAACGUUUCUAUGGGUGGAAUGAAUCAUAUGGCGUCCAUGUCUGGGAUGUCGUCCCUGGGAAUGUCGAGCCUUGGAAACAUGGGCCAGUUGGGUGCUAUGAAUGCUAUCGGACAACAAGCAAAUCUUCUUAGAUCCGGGCCUGGAUCUGGACCUGGAACGAUGAAUCAGGCGGCUGCAUUACAACAAGCCUCCAAUGUGCAACAACUAGCAGCUGGGAGGGGACGGACAGGUACCGGUGUGCUGCCGAACGCAGCUGGAGUUCGGACUCAGGUGGAUCCGCUCUCUGCUUUAGGAGGUACAAAUCAGGUCCACGGAGGUCCUGGUGUUUCAGGAAUGGUGCAGGGUAUGAACAGGGGCAAUAACCUUAGUGCAUUACAACGAGCUCCAGUGACGGGGCUUGCCUCUACCAAGGUUCCCUCCGCAAGUCAGAACUACUACUUGAAUUCAUCGCAGCUUAGUGCCCAACAGCAACAACAGCUCAAGUCGCAUCAGUUGACCUCUCAGCAGCUCAAUCCACAGCUGCAACAGCAACAGCAACUUCUCAAUCCACAACAGCAGCAACAGCAAUUGCUCAAUCCACAACCCCAGCAACAGCAACAGCAGCAGCAGCAGCAACUUCUCAGCUCGCAACAACAGCAGCAACAACAGCAACAACUGCUUACCUCGCAGCAGCUCAAUUCUCAACAACUGAACACACAGCAGCAGAUGAAUCCACAACAACAGUUGAGUGGGGGUGGCAGCCUGAAUUCACUGGUUGGAAACCCAGCCAGCCCACAACUAAGUAGUGGUCAAAGUCUUGGAGCGGUGGGAAGCAUAGGUGUAAGCUCAUCUUCAGUUGAGCUUCAGAAUGCUUCUCGUGCUGCGGCAGCUGCUGCCCGAACUCCUGUAUUGCCGUCAAGGGCGCCGACUAUGCCUCGACCAGGACAACCACCACAACCAGGACAACCUCCUCAAUCCCAGUAAAUUACUGCUACUUAUAGUUACGGAAGCUGUUGUAUAUAAUUGUGCAGUUCUGAACGAUGAUCUGGUGGAGUUGGAAGUUGGAAGUUGGAAGUUGCUGAGUACCCUUCAGGUCUGCAUCAGCGGAACAUCAAUUAGCUUGUCCUAGGAUUCUUGUGGACAUUUGGUUGUAUAUACGUAGGAUUCACUAUCGAAGGGCGGGGCCUCACCUGGCAGUAGUUUGUGAUUGAGAUCUUUCCCGUGUACUUUAAAUUAACUCAUGAGUUUACCCAUUGAUGUCUUUUUAUUUUAUUUUAUUUUAUUGUGGUUUCCUCUAUACGUAAUUCAAAUUCAUUGCUCGCUUACACUA